AUUCAGUGGCUGCCCAGAGGCAAGCUGGAGAGGACGUGCACCAUAAAUAAGUUAAAGCUUAAUUUUCCUUUCAAGCUACAUCUGGUAAUGCCAGAGUUGAUUCUGACCUCAACAGUCUUUCAUGUGGAAUGAGUCAACUGACUAAAAGAAAAUGGAUGAAACCUGUGUAAACGUAAAAUGUCCUGAAGAAAAUGAAGAACAGUGCGCAGAUGAAGAUAAGAUAGACCAAGAUAAGGUGGAGGAAAAGCUAAUCGGCUCUAAUGUGCGUUCAUGCAAACCAUGGCAAGAGUCCCGCUCACGAAUCAGAGAGUGUGCGCUGUAUGUGAAGAAGGUCCUGGUGUCUUUUGCUAGCAUGGAGUGGUACUGUUAUGCCCUGUUAGGGAUCAUCACCGCUCUAAUGAGCUUCUUCAUGGAUAUGACAGUAGCCAAGCUGUUGAAUGCUCACCAAUGGCUAUACGGCUGUCUGAAGGGUCACCACCUGCUGCAGUUCCUCUGCUGGACGCUUUACCCAGCUUGUCUUUGUGCUCUGUCCACCAGCUUUGCCCACAGCAUCUGCCCAUUCUCCGCAGGCUCUGGUGUUCCUGAGGCGAGGGCUAUUCUCUUAGGCAUGGACAUGCCAGAUUACCUGUCCCUCUCCAAUCUCUUCGCUAAACAGUUUGGCCUGAUAUGCACACUAGCUUCGGGCAGCACAGUGUUUCUCGGCAAAGUGGGUCCAUUUGUCCAUUUAUCUGUCAUGGUGGGUGCGUUCAUGAGUCGCCUGCAUGUUUCCUGCCGUGGUGGAAAACAGAGAGCGGCUAAAGGGGAAAUGUUGGUUGUGGCGUCAGCGGUGGGCGUCGCGAGCUGUUUUGGAGCUCCGGUCAGCGGUGUUCUGUUCAGUAUAGAAGUGAUGGGGACUCAUUAUUCAGUCAGAGAUUAUUGUCCCUGCUUCUUUGCAGCGGCCUGCGGCGCAGUCACCUUCAGACUGCUUUCUGUCUGCAACAGAGAUCAAGAAACCAUCCAGGCCCUGUUUAAAACCAGCUUUUCUUCUGAUCUUCCCUACCAGCCCUUUGAAAUAUUUAUUUUCGCUCUUCUUGGGCUGUUCUGCAGUAUGCUCAGCUGCAUUUAUUUAUUCUGUCAUCGCUGGGCUCUGCGUUUUGUCAAAACAAACAAACCCAUCAGCAGACUUCUGGCAACAGAAAAGUCUCUUUACUCAGCCAUAGUGGCAUUUCUCCUCGCCUGCUUUACGUUUUAUCACUCGGCGGGACAUUUCAUAGCUGCUGAGCUCACAAUGAAGCAGCUGCUUACUUCACUGUUAGACGGCACUUCCUGGUACACUGUUUCCCAGAAUGCAUCUGCCCUGCCUGAACCUCAGAAAACAUUCUGGCAGGCUUGGAACCCACCUGGCAAGAGCUACUUCCAAACACUAGGAUUUUUCAUUACUGCAAAGGUUGGGCUGUUGGUUGUGGCUUGUACCUUGCCUUUACCUGCGGGCUAUUUCAUGCCAGUAUUUGUUUACGGUGCUGCAGUGGGCCGUUUGGUAGGCGAGGCCUCAGCCUAUUUGCUCUCAGAUGGAAUCUCAUCAACAAAGAGUUUGAUAAACCCGGGCGGCUAUGCGCUAGCAGGAGCAGCUGCGUUCUCUGGGGCUGUGACACACACGCUCUCUCCUGCUCUGCUGGCUCUGGAAAUGACCGGUCAGUGCUCUCACGCCGUCCCCGCUCUGGUUGCCACGCUGGUAUCCAACGCGGUGGCUCGUGCGAAGCACCGUCCAUCUUUCUACGACGGCAUAUCCCUUAUUAAACAGCUCCCGCACUUGCCAUCUCUCAUCCGGGCUUGUCCAAAGUUGGCCAGUGUUCAGAUCAAGCAGUUUGUGAUCCAAGCAGGAGUUGUUCUGGAGAGGACAGAGACACUGGCGAGUCUGAAGCACAUGCUAAACGACAGCGCAGACAAUGUAUUUCCUGUGGUGGAUUCUCAUGACUCCUCUAUUUUCCUGGGUACAAUCAACAAAUCACAGCUGCAGGAGUGUCUGCGUCAGCAUAGAAAUGAGGGUUUAUGUAAACAGUUAGAGGAAGUAUGCGCUAUUCAACCUGUUCGGCUACAUCUGACUCCUGAAAGCACUGUAAAGCAGGCUCAUUGCAUCAUGAGUGUCACGGGUGAGCAGCGUCUGUUUAUAACGGAGAGUGGGCGGCUGUGUGGCGUCAUCACAUGGAAAGAGAUGAAGAAAAUAAUCGAAGAGAUGGCGAAGGAAGUCUGAUGCACGGACCGUUAGCUCUGGCAUCAGAACCACACAGCUAGCCAUUUUGAUAAUCAGUUCAUCUGCUGGUGAUUUUGCUCAGAUCAUUAUGUGGAUAAUUAUUUAUAGUGAAAUAAUAAAUAAAUGAUUUGAACUGAA